CGACUCGGCCGAGAGCAACCAUCAAGUACAUGAGGUCCCUUGAAUGCUCAGAAGUCAAAAGUCAGAAUUAUCAUUCACCGUUCUUGGAGUGAAAAAUCCAUAUUAGCCGCCAGAAUCAUGAAGGUCCUGAUCGCCGGCGCAACAGGGGGCAUCGGCAGCCAAGCCCUCCGACAGAGCCUCGCCCAUCCGCGCAUCACCAAAGUCGUCACCUUCACUCGGAGAAGCCUAUCGCUUGAACACCCCAAGCUGGAGAGCAUAUUGAUCAAGAACUUUGAAGAGUGGCCCGAACACGUGUUGAGCCAGCAUGCAGAUGCCGCUGGGAUAAUUUGGUGUAUCGGUUCAUACAGCGGUGACGAGAAACUCGACUUUGAAUACUCGGUCGCUUUCAUGGAGGCCAUGGUGCAGGUUUUGGAUGCGAAGAAGAGGGACGCACCCUUCCGAUACGUUCACCUCAGCGGCAAAUUCGUCCGUCAAGAUCAAAGCCUUAACUUGUGGUGGGGAGACCGACCACGCAAGCUCAAGGGGAAGUCCGACACUGCAGCCCUCGAGAUGGCAGAGAAGCACGCCGCUGCGUGGCACACGCACGUUGUCAAGCCAGGAGGCGUGGCGCAUCACCCAUGGCAAGCCCUGGGUGUUUGGUUGAUGGGAGACAAUUGGGCCGUGAGAGGCCAGGAGCUGGGUGCUUUCAUGGCGUAUCUAGUUGUCGAUGGCCAAGGGGAAAGCUCGACUAUCCUCAACAAUCGCAUCGCUCAGAAAGGGAGGGCAUUGCUACGAGAAGCGUGAAGGCCAAUUGCCGGGAGGGCAGUUCGCAACAGAAUAACA